AUAGUUUUAAAAUUUUACACUGCAGUUCUAGUUUGAGAAAUUAUAAAACUACAUAUACAAUUUGAUUUGAAAAAAAAAAUUACAACAAACACCACCUACACUGCGAAUACCUCUAAUUUUAUUAGAAUUGAGGGAAGAAAUCAUCUUCUUGGUGUGGUUCUAUUAAGGAAGGGAAAUUCUUCUGGUUCUGGUUACAGAAACCCCAGCUAGUUUUGUUUCCGCUUUCAACUCAUUAUUCAUCAAAUCUAGUAUACUCGGUUGUGUUUUGGGUUAUCAAUGGGAAGCUCCAACAACACUGGGCUUACUGAUUCUUCCGAUACCCAAAAGCUGAAACAGGAAGACGCCGAUUCAUCCCCCUAUUCUGUAGGGGAAAUGGUCCUCGUCUCUUGUGGUCACUACUAUUACGCAGCCAAGGUCUUAAAAAUUGUGGGUUACCUCAACAAUUGGGACUUUUAUGUUCAUUACCAUGGUUGGAGCAAAAAAUGGGAUGAGUGGGUAACUACAGAUCGUUUGAUGACAUACACUGAGGAGAAUGUGCAGAAGCACCUUGCCAUAAAUAAGAAACAAGGAAUACACAAGAGUACAGAGUUAGCACGCUCAUCAAAUUUUAAGGAAAAAAGUACCAAUGUGCUUGCUAGUGGCAAGAAAAGAAAAAGUGAUGACCGUCGCUUCAUGGAAAACAUUAACAUAACAAUGGAAAUGUGUGCAAAAAUUCAAAUACCAUUGGGACUGAGGAAGCAUCUGGUUGAUGAUUGUGAAUUUAUUACUUGUAUGGGAAAGCUUCCUAGACUUCCUCGGCAUCCAAAUGUUAGUGAAAUAUUUCAGUGGUAUAUACAGCAUAGAACAGAACAGAAAGAACCAUCAGCCGAUUCAGUUCACGAAAUUAUGAAAGGAUUGCAAUGUUACUUUGAUAAAGCAUUGCCAUUGAGGCUUCUAUACAGCGAAGAGCGGCAACAAUAUGAGAGAGCAAUGGCAGCAUAUGACCUCACUCCGUCACAUGUAUAUGGAGCUGAACAUUUAUUACGUCUUUUUGUAUUGAUGCCCGAGCUACUGUAUCAUGCUAAUAUGGAAGAGGAGGCAUUGGUGGAGUUGAUUGAAAAUUUUAAUGAUUUUCUCAAAUACCUACGGAUGAAUCAAGGAGCGUGUUUCCGCAGUGAUUGUUACAUUGCUGAUGCCGCGGAUGAUACUGACUCCAGUACCGACAAGCCAGAGGACAUAGUCUAAAUCUGUGCUUCUACUGCAACUCAUUGAAAAGACAUUGUUAUGAUGUGUUGUUUUGAAAACCAAAACGUGGUUUAGUUUUUAACUAUCUAGAUUACUAUGUACUAAUGUUAGAAAGAACAGAACCAGACUUGUUUAGUUUUCGGUUUGUGUCACUGUGACUUUUUGUUAGAAAUUCUACGGUUCCCCCAAAUGAUGAUAAUUAUGGUGAUGAAUGAACUAUGAUUCUCUUGUAAAGUUAUAAUCUAUAGCGGCAAACUUAUCAUCGUUA